GAAGAUGUGGCUGGAGCUGACAGUAAAGGAGAAGUGACAGGUCAAGAGGCCGAGACUCCUGGCAAAGGUGAAACCGAAGAGAAAUGUAGGGCUGAAACUCAACCAGAAGGUGAAAUUGAAGCAGAAGGAGGAGAUGAACAUGAAGGGGAAACUGAGGCAGAAGGGAACGGAGAUGAACAUGAAGGGGAAAUAGAGGCAGAGGGGAAAGGAGAUGAACAUGAGGGGGAAACUAAUGCAGGAAAAGGAGAAGAUAAACAUGAAGGAGAAACUGAGGCAGAAGGACAAAGAGAAGAUGAACAUGAAGGGGAAACUGAGGCAGAAGGGAAAGAAGAAGAUGAACAUGAAGGUGGAGGUGGAACCCAAGUGGAAAGAGAAGGGGGAAGUGAAAAUGAAGGUGGUGGUGAAAUCCAAGGAGGAGAUGGUGAAAUAAAAGGUGACGAAGGUGAAACUGAAGCUCAAGAAGUCAAUGCUGAAAUUCAAGGUGAAGCCACAAAUGAGAAAGGAAUGGAUGGUGAAGGGGGAAGUGAUGGGGGUGAGGAGGAAGAGGAGGAAGAGGAAGAGGAGGAUGAAGAGGAGGAGGAGGAGGAGGAGGAGGAAGAGGACGAGGAGGAGGAGGGGAGCGAGGAGCCUCUGUCACUGGACUGGCCUGAGACCAGGCAGAAGCAGGCCAUUUACCUCUUCCUGCUGCCCAUCGUGUUCCCACUGUGGCUGACAGUGCCCGAUGUUCGGAGGCAGGAGUCCAGGAAGUUUUUUGUUAUCACGUUCUUGGGAUCCAUCAUUUGGAUAGCCAUGUUCUCGUAUCUCAUGGUGUGGUGGGCUCACCAGGUUGGUGAAACCAUAGGGAUUUCUGAAGCGAUUAUGGGUUUGACAAUCCUAGCAGCAGGCACGUCAAUUCCUGACCUCAUCACCAGUGUGAUCGUGGCUCGGAAAGGCCUGGGAGACAUGGCUGUGUCGAGCUCAGUGGGCAGUAACAUCUUUGAUAUCACUGUGGGCUUGCCUGUUCCUUGGCUGCUCUUCUCUCUCAUCAAUGGAUUACAGCCUGUUCCAGUCAGCAGCAAUGGCUUGUUUUGUGCAAUCGUCUUGCUUUUUCUCAUGCUCCUGUUUGUGAUCUUUUCGAUUGCAUUGUGCAAAUGGAGAAUGAACAAGAUCCUGGGCUUCACGAUGUUCCUCCUUUACUUUGUAUUCCUGAUCAUCAGUGUGAUGCUAGAAGAUCGAAUCAUAUCCUGUCCUGUGUCUGUCUGA